AAAGUGGAAUGUUCCCAAGUGCAAGCAUUGUUUCUGAAAAACAGCAAGGGCUCAGUUUGGAACAUGAAGAAAAUAUUCUGGAUGUUGUAGAAAAUAAUCCAGGGAUAAGUACAAGGCGCAUGGCAAUACAAUUUGAAAUUCCACAAACAAUGGUUUGGAAAACAUUAAAGCGGCAAGGCUUAAACGCUUUUCAUUUGCAGAAAGUACAAAAUCUCCAAGAAGGCGAUUAUCCAUUAAGACUACAAUUUUGUCAAUGGAUUCGUGAAAACAGAAGAUUACUUAAAUGCAUAUUAUUUUCUGAUGAAGCUCAAUUUACUCGAGAUGGAAUUAACAAUUACCAUAAUAAUCAUCGAUGGUCGGACGAAAAUCCCCAUGCCACGCAAGAACACAAUUUCCAACAUCGGUUUAGUAUUAAUGAAGACCAUUUAGAGGAAAUAUUGGACGAUGUACCUUUGAAUAUUCGACAACGUAUGAUCUUCCAACAUGAUGGAGCACCCCCUCAUUAUUCAAAUAAUGAGAGGAAUUUUCUAAAUACGCAUUUCGGCGAUCGCUGGAUUGGCAGAGGAGGCCCGCACCCUUGGCCACCGACAUCACCGGACCUCACUCGCCUAGAUUUUUGUCUUUGGGGAUGGAUGAAGUCCUUAGUUUAUGCUAGGAAAGUGGACACAAGGGAUGCGCUACUAGAUCGUAUUCUUAACGCUGCGGCGUUCAUUAGAGCGAAUCAUCGUUCACUGAAACUGGCUACCAGGUCCAUUUAUAAACGCGCAAAUAAGUGUAUCGAAGUGGGUGGUGGAGUUUUCGAAAAUUUAAUGUGA